CACACUCACAGGACGCUGCUGGUGGACGACACACACCUGCUGCUGCACCUCAACACGACCCCCGGCCCACACAGGAUGAUGGGGAAGCAGACGAGUCAGGCGGUGGUGGUGGUGGUACUGGUGGCGGCUCUAACUGUCACUCUCACCGCUGCCCAGACCUUCCAGUACAGUCGAGGUUGGACGAACGGCCGGAAGCGAGCGGACCCGGGUGUGGGUCUCGGUGUAGUUAGGGAUGUGACCAACCUCUUGGCUGACUCCGCCCACCGCCCAUCUCACCCACUCGCGCCCACACACGCCCUGCCCAAGAAUAUGGAGGAGCGGGUGCGGGUGCUGGAGGCCGGCCUCAGCGCUCUCCUCAAGGUCAACAGCGCCACCUUCCCCCCUGGCGGCGGCGACGACGACUACUACGCCGACAACUAACCUCCUUCUCCACCGCCACCAUCACACAUAUCUAAAUUUAUCUCCAUAUAUAUAUAUAUAUAUAUAUAUAUAUAUAUAUAUAUAUAUAUAUAUAUAUAUAUAUAUAUAUAUAUUUCUGCAUCGUGUUGUGAUUCCCCUCGAAUGUUAGAUGAUAUUUAUUGUGGUAUAACUGCGUCUGAAAGCCAUUUUUCUCUUGAAAUUGCAUCUCCAGACGAGUUAUGAAGAACCACGCAGGUCUUUGAGGCGGUAAAGUGUGUAUGUGUGUAUGUGUAUAUAUAUAUAUAUACACACACAUACACACUACAGUAUAUGUCCUAUCCUGGUUACCUUAUUUUUUGCAGUUUUAACCCGACAAUUAAUAUCAACUACCAGGGGUACCAACAACUACCAGGGGUACCAACAACUACCAGGGGUACCAACAACUACCAGGGGUACCAACAACUACCAGGGGUACCAACAACUACCAGGGGUACCAACAACUACCAGGGGUACCAACAACUACCAGGGGUACCAACAACUACCAGGGGUACCAACAACUACCAGGGGUACCAACACACACACACACAGUCUUGUGGAGCACCAAGCAUGAUCGCAUGAUUUGUUUUAAAUAACCUUCACUGAUUUAUAAAAUAUUAUUGUAUUAUGACUCAGUUUCCUUUCACCUAAAUGUGUCUGGACUUUCACAGGGCACAAAUAUGGGGGUCAAAAUAUGGAAGUAAUCUGUAAAAGGCACUUCACCUUUCUUCUGUUCGUUCAACUAUCUGAAAUUCCCUAUUUUUAAUUAUUUUGUUUCCAAAACUGUUACUUGAAUUCCUCAUGAUAUUUGAAUUGUACCUAAAACAACGUGUUUUAAUUUAAAGCACUUGAAGCUAUCGUUUUAUUUGCAUUAAAACUAUAUUAUAAUAUCUCGAAUCGCCAUUUCCUAUUAGUUUUACCCUAAAACCGUCACCUUAGCGGCUUCGUUUUAAAGUUUGUUGAGCCUGUACCCUCCCCCGACGAUCAAACCCCUCAGAAUGUUACAUUCCUAUUUGUAUUAUUAAUCAACCCAAUGACAUUAUAUUCCACCAAGAAUUGAGCACCAUUCAGUCAUCCUAUCCCCCCAUUCACGUGUUAUAUAUAUGUUCAUCCUGACAGCGCUUUUUCCUAAUUUCAUUUCCAAUCGUCAAAUAAGCUUUCCAAGCCCUAAGAAGAGAGCCCCGUUUAAGAUAGUCUACGUUAUUUAUACAAAGAAAUUGUCUUUCCCGUUUUCACAUUACAGAAAAUGUGUAAGAAAUAGAGGCUGAAACUUUCUUAGCUACUCAUUUUCGUCAGAAAAUGUUUCAUCUUUGCGAUGUAACGUCAAUUUCCUCUUACAAUGGUUGGGCGAAAAUGUACCACACGGCCUGGAAAUAAAAGGUGAAUCUUU